GCCUCCUGUAAAGGGGGACACUGGAAGGGUGUGUUUGCAAUUCAAAUCCUUGGCUUUCUGCCUACCUCUUUUCCAAAUAAGAAGCCAGGAGCCACUGUGAGGUGCAAAGGGGUCUUCUGAAUUGCAGUGGCAAUAAGAUCCAGAGAUCUUCCCUCCUGCCUCUUUUAUCUGUCUUCAAAGUGAAAGGAAAGGGCAAGGAUGGUGGAAGCUUUCUGUGCUACCUGGAAGCUGACGGACAGCCACAACUUUGAUGAGUACAUGAAGGCUCUAGGUGUGGGCUUUGCCACUAGGCAGGUGGGAAAUGUGACCAAACCAACAGUGAUCGUCAGUCAGGAGGGGGAUAAAGUGGUGAUCAGGACUCAAAGCACAUUCAAGAACACAGAGAUUAGUUUCCAUCUGGGAGAAGAGUUUGAUGAGACCACUGCAGACGAUAGAAACUGUAAGUCUGUUGUUAGCCUGGAUGGGGACAAACUUGUUCAUGUGCAGAAGUGGGAUGGCAAAGAAACAAAUUUUGUGAGAGAAAUUAAGGAUGGCAAAAUGGUGAUGACGCUUACUUUUGGUGAUGUGGUUGCGGUUCGCCACUAUGAGAAGGCAUAGAAAGGUUCCUGAUCUGGGGUUCGAAAAGCUCUACAAUUUUCUGUUUACUCAAGUCUCUGUUCUCCGGCUCUUACAGCAUGGGUGAUCACUAAUUAAAAGGUUAUCUUUGUUGUGGACGUGGAAAAUGGUGCUUUAAAAACUUGUCUUAAAACUUUUUUCUGCAAGUAGCCCAUUUAGGUCUGCAGAUUUAUCAUGUUUUAUAAUUCACAUUAAAAUGUUAAGGCACAUUUUUAAAAUAAAGAAAGUAAAUACAUUCUAUAAUUUCCAUUGAAAUGCAAAUCAGAUUCGAAUAAAAAUUGUAUACCCAUGAGAAA